GGAGGGGGGAGCUUGUGCUUUCGGAGCUCUUCGGAAAUGGGAGGUGGCCACGGCGGCCGGCGGCGGCGGCGGCGGGCAGGCACGGGCGGCGGCGGCGCCUGAAGCCGAGGGGGGGUGCAGCGGGGGUGGAGGCCGCCGGCGACUGCGAGGGCAGCCUGCUCUCCCGCCCCCUCCUCCGCCCCCUCCUCCGCGUCGCCAAAGGAAGAAGAGGGCGGAGGGAAGCGAGGGGGGGCCGCUGCCGGCGCCGCUCCAGCUGGCCGGCCGAGUCUCCUCCGCGCUCCUCCGCCUCCAUUCCCCCCUUCAUUCGACCUCCCCUCCGGAGCGCGGUGAUAUACUGUGGAUAUGUGAUGUAUUUGAUGAAACAUCAUCCUAGACAAAUAAUUCUGAAACUGUAGAACAGUAGGAAGGUGAUCUCGAAGAUGGAUAGUUGCCAGAAUCCUUUAGACUGAUGAUGGAUUCCCCUAAACAAAAAAAAAUCUCCAGGAAUCCAUAAAGUAACCGGACAAAGUCCUUGCUGCCUCCUGCUGCUCCAUUCCCAAAGAACGGCAUUUGUGUGAUUCCUCAAGGCCUCCAUACCUCAGGUCUUCCACAGUACAAGCAGCCUGAGGGGAAGGCAUAAAAGUUAAUGUUUUCAUCCACCCGGACAAAGGAGAAUGGGGAUCCUACACCCAAAAGAAUGAAGACUCGACAGAACAAAGACUCUAUGUCAAUGCGGAGUGGUCGGAAGAAGGAGACUCCGGGGCCCCGAGAGGAGCUCAGGACAAGGGGCCGGGCUUCUCCAGGUGGUGUCAGCACCUCUAGCAGUGAUGGCAAAGCAGAGAAAUCUCGGCAAACCACCAAGAAGGGCCGCGUGGAGGAAUCAAUGGCCCCCAAAGGAAACAAGCAGGGCCGACCGGAGGAGAUUUCAGAAAGCGAAGGAGAGGACACCAAUGCCCCAAAGAAAACUAAAACAGAGGAGCUGCCACGGCCUCAGUCUCCUUCUGACGUCGACAGCCUAGAUGGCCACAGCUUCAACGACGAGACGAGCAGCGACCCUCGUGACAUUGACCAGGAUAAUCGGAGCACUUCUCCCAGCGUCUACAGCCCCGGCAGUGUGGAGAAUGAUUCAGAUUCCUCCUCUGUGCUGUCCCAGGGACCAUCCCGCCCUUAUCAUCACCCUCCCCUCUUUCCCCAGAGCCCCUCCCCAGCCCCCCUGACUGAGGGCCUACCUCGUCCACCUGAACCAAACUUCGGUUUAGCAGGGGAGGUUCAUCCUCAAGGCCCUGCAGGCAGCUAUCAGUCCCAACUAGAAGCCCAGGCCUCCAGGAUUUUCCAGGCCCAGGCGCCACCUGCUGCCAUUCCCUCCACCAACUCUUCCUCCUCUCCUUCUUCCUCCUCUUCCUCCUCCUCCAGCACCCACGUUCCUCUCUACCCGAGUGCUAACGUCGUCCAGAUGGGUCCCAAGGCUGCCAGUGCAGGAUCAGCCAUCCUGGCCCCGGGGGGUCGCGAGCCGUCCCUCAGUUCCAAGCACAACCCACCUCCAACAACACCCAUUUCCCUUGCCUCAGUGGCAGGGGGCGUGCCCCCUCAGAAAACACCCCCCAACAACCCCCCCUCAGCACCCCCUUCUUCCGCCGCUGCUUUCCCUCAUGUCUUAGCUAACUUGCCACCCCCACCUGCACUGCGCCCUCUGAACAACAUGGCUGCCACUUCCAGCUCCCCAGGAAUGGCGGGGCAAGCAUUGAGUGGUCACCUCCCAUCGCCCCAUGGCAUGGGACAGGAUAAAUCCCCCGCCCCUUCACGCUACCCCUACGCUCCCCCUCCACCGCCCCAGUCCAGCUCUUCUGCCCAGUACCCCCUCCCUCCGCCCUCCCAGGCACUGCCUAGCUACAGCUCCUCGUACGGCCACUCAUUCCCCCCACCCAGCAGCCUCUCCGUUUCCAGCCAGCCACCCAAAUACACCCAGCCCUCCAUGCCCUCGCAGCCCGUGUGGAGUCAAGGCCCACCACCAUACAGCCGCCCGCUGGGGAACGCUGGCACCCACCCUCCCUCCUCCUUCCCUGGCCAGGCCGCCCAUCACCAGCAACAGCAGCCACACCAUCACAACCAUGGCAGCGGGGCGGGGUUGUCUCCUGCAGGAGCCGCUCCGUCCCAGGCAUCCGGAGGAUACCCCCAUCCUCUGGAGCCAGGCCCCCAUCAUCCUUCCCAUGCUGCAUAUGGGCUCCGUCUCUACCCACCUCACAGCCAUGCCACAUACAGUCAGGCCCCCUCUGCAUCUUCUUCUUCUUCCUCCUCCUCUUCCUCUUCCUCUUCCUCCUCCUCUUCCUCCUCCUCCUCCUCCUCCUCCUCUUCCUCCCAGGGGACAUAUCCUGGAGUCUGCAGCCACCCCCAAGGGCAGAACGCUGGCACCUAUGCCUUCCCUCCCCCGCCUCCCCCUUCACCGGCACAUGGGGCUGGGGCCCCAGUGACCUCUGCCUCUGUCACUCUUUCCACUGUCAUAACCACCAUGGCCUCCUCUUCAACAGCUCCCUACAAGACGGUGUCGCCUCCGGUGGCCCCCCCUCCUGUGGCCCCCUACGGAAAGCGAACGGCGUCGCCAUCUCCCACCUUCCAGCCCCCUGCACCCUACAAGCCGGGUUCUCCUCCUUCAUCCUCCGCUUCCUCUUUCCGUGCAGCCACCCCACCGGGGUACAGGCUGGCCUCUUCUCCAGCGGCCGGCGGCUACAAGGCCACCUCACCAGCUCCUAUUGCCCCUCCGGCCCCUGCAAGCCUGCCUGCUCCACCCCCGCCCUUGCCCCCCUUGCCUCUCAGCGCUGCCCAGAUCAAACAAGAGCCUUCGGAGGACUACGAGCCCCCAGAGAGCCCGAUGCCCCCCAUACGGAGUCCCUCACCAGCCCCCAAAGUGGUGGAUGUACCAAGUCAUGCCAGCCAGUCAGCCAGGUUCAACAAACACCUGGAUCGUGGCUUCAACUCCUGCUCACGGACAGAUCUAUACUUUGUGCCCCUGGAUGGCUCAAAACUGGCCAAGAAACGGGCGGACCUGGUGGAGAAGGUGCGCAGAGAGGCAGAACAGAAGGCCCGGGAAGAGAAGGAGAGAGAGAGAGAGCGGGAACGGGAGAAGGAGAGGGAGAGGGAGAAGGAGAGGGAGCUGGAAAGGAGUGUGAAAGUGGCCCAAGAGGGCCGGCCAGUGGAAUGCCCAUCUCUUGGCCCCAUCGCACACCGCCCAUCUUUUGAGCAAGGCAGCGCAGUGGCUACUGUCCCACCUUACUUGGGUCCUGACACUCCAGCCCUCCGUACCCUCAGUGAAUACGCACGGCCUCACGUCAUGUCUCCAAGCAACCGCAACCACCCCUUCUACGUGCCGCUGGGGGCGGUUGACCCAGCACUGCUGGGUUACAACGUGCCAGCCAUCUACAGCAGCGAUCCAGCCACGCGGGAAAGAGAGCUGCGAGAACGGGAGGUCCGUGAGCGAGACCUCAGGGACCGUGACCUGCGCGAGCGCCUUAAGCCCGGCUUCGAAGUCAAGCCUGCUGAGUUGGAUCAGCUCCAUGCUGUGCCCAGCGCCGCCAUGGAUCCCUUUCCACGACACGGGGGGCUGGCUCUGCAGGCAGGCCCAGGCCUGCAUCCUGCUUUCCCCUUCCACCCAGGGCUGGGCCACCUGGAGAGGGAGCGGCUAGCACUGGCAGCUGGGCCGGCCCUGCGCCCCGACAUGUCUUAUGCUGAGCGAUUAGCUGCCGAGAGGCAACACGCCGAAAGGGUGGCUGCCCUGAGCAACGACCCCCUGGCCCGACUGCAGAUGCUCAACGUGACUCCCCAUCACCACCAGCACUCCCACAUCCACUCCCACCUCCACCUCCACCAGCAGGAUGCCAUCCACGCAGCUUCAGCCUCUGUCCACCCUCUAAUUGAUCCACUGGCUUCUGGGUCACAUCUCACCCGGAUCCCCUACCCUGCUGGGACCAUCCCCAACCCACUUCUCCCACACCCACUCCAUGAAAAUGAAGUCCUGCGGCAUCAGCUUUUUGCUGCCCCCUACAGAGACCUGCCUGGCUCUCUCUCUGCUCCAAUGUCUGCAGCACAUCAGCUUCAAGCCAUGCACGCGCAGUCAGCAGAACUGCAGCGCCUGGCUCUGGAACAGCAGCAGUGGCUGCAUGCCCAUCACCCUCUGCACGGAGUGCCACUCCCCACGCAGGAGGAUUACUACAGUCACCUGAAAAAAGAAAGUGACAAGCCCCUUUAAGUGGACCCCAUUCCCCUGCUGUGACUUCAUCAUGCCCUCUCCUUCUUCAAAAGCGAGAGAAAAGGAAGGAAGAAAAUCGAUCAACGUUAACCCUGGGCAAAGGGAGAAGCUGCACAGGAGCUCAUGUUUCCUACUCAGAGGAUGGAAGAAGCGGGAAGAAAUGCCCAAAGGGUCACUCUGGGAGGGGGGAGGGGGGCAAGAGGGGUGGGAAACCAGGGUGUUAAACACCCCCCAAGGAUUUUGGGACAAAUGGCUCAACUUUGACUUGUAUCCCAUUGGCAAAAGUGUAAUCCAUCUGACAGGCUGCCUCUGCUCUUUCCCCUCCCCUUCCUUGGGCAGAUGCUGCCAAUCAAAGAUGAUGGGACUGUAAAUAAUGCCCCCUCCCUCUCCACCUUGAAACACACAGACACACAGGACAGUCUGGAAGAACCAAUGCAUCAUGGGACUUUUCAAGAUGGCAUUGGCAUGCUCUUGCUUAACCCUUGAGGGACUGGGCUACGUCGAGAGGCGCAUAGCGUCCUGGGACUGUUUCAAGAGGGCAGGCUGCUUUUGUAACCAUGCUGUGAGUGGACGUUGGUUGGGGGGGGGAUCCGCAAGGCGGUCACUGGGAUGGCAACUCUUCUUUCCUCUCCUGUCUCUUGUGGGGAGGGGGGAAUAACAUGGCUGAGCAACACAAAGCAUGGUGGGACUGUUUCCAAGAUGGCAGCUGCCCCUUCCCCCCUUCCCCCCUUCCAGUUGAUGUAUUUUAACUCAUGCACAUCCUGUUAGAUGUGACAGUUUUGCGUAGCAAUUUGUGAUUCCUUGAUCUCCCCCGCGUGUGUGUCUGAUCUCACAGUUGUAUAUCUUGAUCUGUCCUCAUAUAUAUUUACAUAAGAACAUUAAAAGAUUCCCAACUAUGGGAGAAGAAUCUCCCUACA